AUGACUAGGGCGAAUCCUGGGUUUGUGCAUCCAUUAAUUUCUGAAAUAGAUAGAGAGUUUCAUAGGUUAAUUAGAGCACGUAGAGCUUUUGUAAUUGAUCCUUAUUCAAGUGAUUCUGAUUCUGACCUUGAUUUUGAUUCUGAUUUUGUUGCAGUUUUUGAUAACAUGACUGAAGAAGGACCGCGAGAAAGAACAUUAAGGGAGCUGGCUGCACCUGAUUUCACCUACGAAAGCUUGUGUAUCCAGUAUCCUGAGGAUGUACCAUGUGUACUCAAAACUGGACUAAUCCAUUUAUUGCCUAAGUUUGGUGGUCUUGCAGGUGAAGAUCCUCAUAUGCAUAUCAAGGAGUUUCGUACUGUCAUAUCCACCUUGAAGCCUCCUGAAGUUGACAAAGAUCAUAUCUUUUUGAAGGCUUUUCCUCAUUCUCUUCAGGGAACUGCAAAGACUUGGUUGUAUAACCUGCCUCCUUCAUCCAUUGCAAGUUGGGACGACCUGAAAAGAAAGUUUCUUGAGAAGUUCUUCCCUGCCUCUAGGACAACUUCAAUCAGAAAAGACAUCUCAGGAAUCAGGCAGCUACAUGGAGAGACUCUACAUGAAUACUGGGAAAGAUUCAAGACACUAUGUGUGAGCUGCCCCCAUCACCAGAUUUCCGAGCAGCUCCUAGUUCAGUAUUUCUAUGAGGGUUUGCUCAACAUGGAAAGACAUCUCAUUGAUGCUGCUUGUGGAGGUGCAUUGAAUGAUAUGACUCCUACUGAAGCCAGGCAGUUGUUUGAGAAGAUGGCUGCUAAUUCUCAGCAGUUUCACACAAGGAGUAAUGAUGCUGUAAAAACUGUUAAUGAGAUUGGGACAGAUCCAAGGAUGGACAAGCUUGAGAAGAGGAUGGAAACCAUUGCCAGCUUGGUUACUCAAUUGGCCAUGAACCAGAAUAAACCUUCACAACAGGCAAAGGUUUGUGGCAUUUGCACUAAAGACCAUAAUACUGAUGUUUGUCCUUCUCUGCAGGAACCUACAGAUGAGAAUCCUGAAGCAUAUGCUGCCAACAUUUUCAAUAAUCGACCUCAGCAAAAUUAUGAUCUGUCAUCUAACAGAUAUAACCCUGGCUGGAGAAAUCAUCCAAAUCUUAGAUGGCAAUCUAAAGAAUCUUCAUUGGAGGACAUGUUGAAGCAGAUGACAGCCCAAAACAUGCAGUUCCAACAAGACACCAGAUCCUCCAUUCAGAAUCUGACCACCCAGAUAGGACAGAUGGCUACUUCAAUAAACCAGCUACAGUCCCAGAAUUCUGAUAAGCUACCCUCUCAGACGGUUGUCAAUCCAAGAAAUGUGAGCGCCAUCACCUUACGGUCGGGGAAGCAAAUUGAUGCAGAUCAUGGACCAGAGCCAGAGCCAGAGCCUGAACCUGAAAAGGAGACAAAGACCACUGCCACAAGAACCUUCCAAGUACAACCACCUUCCAUUCCUCUUCCAUUCCCUCCGAAAGCUAUGCCAAGCAAAAAGAAGGAAGAGGUAGAUAAGGGAAUCUUGGAGAUAUUCAAGAAAGUGGAGGUGAACAUACCUCUACUUGAUGCACUCAAGCAAAUUCCAAGAUAUGCAAAGUUUCUAAAAGAAUUAUGCACUCAGAAAAGGAAGCUGAAAGGAAAUGAAAGAGUUCGCAUGGGGAGAAACGUUUCUGCAAUCAUAGGUAAAGCUGGUAAACCUGCUCCUGUUUCUGAGGUUCCUGAAAAGUGUGAGGAUCCAGGUACGUUUUCUGUUCCUUGUGUCAUAGGUGAUACUAAAUUUGAAAAUGCCAUGCUAGACCUAGGAGCUUCAAUUAAUGUGAUGCCUAUGUCUAUUUUUAAAUCACUUUCACUUGGGCCUUUGAAACCUACCGGUGUUGUCAUCCAAUUAGCAAAUAGGAGCACGGCACACCCUGCUGGUUGGGUAGAGGAUGUUUUGGUUAGGGUUGGUGAACUUGUUUUCCCUGCUGAUUUUUAUGUGCUUGAAAUGGAAAAAGGAUCUUCCCGUAAUACAGUUCCUAUCAUUUUGGGGAGACCAUUUUUAAAGACGGCCCGAACCAAGAUAGAUGUGUAUGCUGGAACAUUGACUAUGGAAUUCGGUGAUAUUGUGGUUAGGAUAAACAUUUUUGAUGCUAUGAAACAUCCACCUGAAGACUAUUCUGUGUUUCAUAUUGAUUUGCUUGAUGAACUGCUU